GACCUUUAUAUCACUAAUCCGGCUCUGAUAUCAAUAUCAAAACGGGGAAGCAAAUCGUGCAAAGUAUUCGAUAUACAUGAUAUAGAGGUAACAUAGUAAUACAAUAAUCAUUUAGAAUUCAUCAAAAUAUUAUGGACGACGAGCUCGAAGAUCUAAUUUUAUAUCAGACUUAUAUAUCACAUAUGAAGCUUGUGUCCAAGUUUGCUGUGAGCAUUCCCGCUGGAUUAAAUGCUGGAAUUUGCAAUCCUUUAAGUUACCUCUAUAGAAAUAUGCGAAUCUAUUUGAAACCAGAAGUACUUGUUUGUGGUAUAAUUCUGGCAAUAAUUUUGUUUUAUAUACAAGCUUUGGAUAUCUGGGCUAAAGGAGUUCUAGGAAAAAUUCAAUACACUCUGGGACGUACCACCAAGGCGUCCAAGCUGAAAUUCUUAGUUAAUGAUUCAGUGGAUAAUGCGGUAAAACUUAGUUGGGAAUUAAAACAAAAUCAUAUUGCAGCAUAUGCUGUGCAAGGACACAGAGCUCGGAUGGAAGAUCGUUUUGUGGUGAAUGAAGACAUAAAUAAUACUGGAGUUUCUUUGUUUGCAGUGUUCGAUGGCCAUGGUGGGGAGUUUGCAGCCAACUAUGCUCGUGAUAAACUCAUCUCCAAUAUUAACAAAAAGAUUAUUGAAUUGAAAAAUAUGCUGGCUGGCAACACGCUUAUUUAUCAUGAUCAGCCGAGUGUGAAUAAACCAGAAGAAAAGAAAAGCGACAAUAAGACCGAUGAAAAAUUGUCGGAACGAAGAAAAUCUUUUCGUAAAGUUGCGAGUACUUCUUUGACGGAUGAUUGCAUGAAAGAAGCUAUCGAAGUGACUGAUUCAGAAUUACUCAACAAAUUGCAGAACAUAACACCGAUUACAAGAAAGGCUAGACCAUGCAAGCAAAAUGAGGAGGAACCCAAAGUGGACUUGAUGAAAUAUCUUGAAGGAAACAAAAUUAAUUAUGGCAAGCUUUUAACAGAUGAAGUUCUAACAGUUGAUCGAUUAUUGGUGGAAGCUGCUAAGAAAUAUAUGGAUGUUGCUGGUACAACUGCAUUGAUUGCACUUUUGGAAGAUAACAAGUUAAUUAUAGCAAAUGUUGGAGAUUCUAGAGGAGUGAUGUGCGAUGGAAAAGGCAAUGCAAUUCCUUUAUCUUUCGACCACAAACCUCAACAAGAAAGA